AUGAAGACUAAAGACAAAACUAGCAAUGAUAUUGACUUUGCAAUUUAUGACAAGAUUUAUGAGAUCAUUCAAUCAAGUGUUCGAUACAUGUUACAAGAUGAUGAUGAUGGCAAAGGACUGAGUGGCACAAAAGACAUCUUUUCUGGCCAUCCAAUGACUCUGAUGGUAUCUUUUUUGUUUUCGAUUGCUUUCCAAGGGAAAGAUUUUCUUGAUUUCCCAGUUUCUUACUUAUCAUUGAACAAACUUAUUAAACGUUUGUUGAUAUUAUUCCUGAAGUCGUUGGCAGCAAUGGUCGUGGGUUGUAUUUCUCACACUAUGACAGAAAAAUAG